CAGUCGUCAUCAGAGCGGCGUCGCGCUGAGGAGCGGAGAGCGACAAGGGCCGAUCUGUUAAAUCGCCAGUAAACCCGUUUCAGACGCGUUAACUCGGGCGGAAUGCGGGUCGGGCCGGCAGCGGGGGUCUCGGAGAAGGCCCGGUGUUAGCGCUGCGCCUGCUGCCGCGGACGUCCCCGGGUUUCAGCUCGUGUUUUCCGGCUCCGUGUCGGCGAUGCGGCCCGUGUGUGUGAGCCACGUCCUGCUGGGCGCUCAGUGUUUACUGCUGCUCAGCGCGCUGCUGCUGCAGAGCCUGGAGGGCUCUCACUCCCAGAACUCCACUCAGACCCCCCACAGCAGGGCUCCCGCCGCCACGACCACCUCCACGGCCUCCUCGACACCCACCGGCACCUCCACGGCCUCCUCCUCCACCUCCAGCGCCGCCUCCACCACCACGGCGCUGCCCAGCGACCCAGCCGAGGGAAACGCGACGGGCGGAGUGAAGCCCUCCGCCGCCGAGGAGCCGAACAACCGCACGGAGCAGUUCGAGUACAGCCCACCCUCGCCGGUGGUCCUCUGCAAAUACCUACCUGAGGAGUUCAUAUACUGCGAAGAGCCUGAGGACCAUAAAGGAAACAGCACAGCCCUGCAGGAGGUGGGCCACGGGUGCCUGAAGAUUGGGAAUCAGGGUCAAGUGUACGGAGAUGUGAACCACACCAAAGUGAUGUGCACAGCUUUAGAUGGCAUUGAAUGCGCCGGGCCUCGAGAGUUCCUCAGAGGGAACGAGCCGUGCAUCAAGUACACGGGUCACUACUUCAUAACCACGCUGCUCUACUCCUUCUUCCUGGGCUGUUUCGGGGUGGACCGCUUCUGUCUGGGGCACACGGGCACGGCCGUGGGGAAGCUCCUCACCCUGGGCGGUCUGGGCAUCUGGUGGUUCGUCGACCUGAUCCUCCUCAUAACCGGAGGACUGAUGCCCAGCGACGGCAGCAACUGGUGCACCUUCUACUGACCGGCCACCUGCGUCCGUUUCAGCUCUGAGAACCAGGCGCACUCUAGAGCCCUCUUUCGUUUGCACAUGUUCCUACGUUUCCGCAAGAACAGUCAGAAGAACCUGCUUUAGUGUUUAAAGGGCCCAGCUGGUUUCUCCAUGCUGUAUUUACAUGAGACUUUGAAGCCUGUUUUGGAUUGUGUUUUUGUGAUGUCACAAAAAAGGCCUUUGCUUACUGUAUAUCUGGCUGUGCGGCGGUUUAGCCCUGCCUGCUCACUCUGAAGUUAUAAGGAGUGUGUGAGACCUGCUUUUUGAAUGAGAGCAGCCAAUCAAAACAGAGCUCAUUUGCAUAUCUCGGGCUUAAAGGCGCAGCAGCGAAAACAGCCUGGAUAAAGAGAGAACUUGUAAAUAUGAGUUAAGACUUUUUGGCCAACGUGGACAAAAUCAAAUAAGGGGGAAAUGCAGAAAUGGGCUCUUAAACUGGUCUAGCUUUGAAUGUGCUGGGAUUGGUUAGGGGUACUUUAAUGUUGCUUCUGUCGGGCUUUUUCUGUGACUGUGACUGGACGUGUGGGAGCAGGACUUCUUGUACAUCCUCGUGCUGUGUUUGACCAUUUUGUAUGUCCAGCCUUUAAAUUAAACGUGUAAGUUUGGUGUUUAUUUUUUUUUUAGUACAGUGAUAGUAAAGAUGGUUCUCUUGUAAAUAUGUCAUCAUUCACUGUCCACACGUCUGAAAGACCAUACAAACAUAGACAAAUAAUAAACCUCUUAAAAUCAG